GUCUUCGAUGACAUCAUUGCCGAAGGGGUUUCGACCUCUCGCGAGAGAGUACCGAACACCAGCCGAGUCACAAGGCCCAAAUCAAAAUGGCGGAAGGACGGUCUAGCAAGAACAGCCCAUCGGGACAAAUCGACAUCGUACAAGUAGAUGGAUUGACUGUGUUAAAGAUAAUAAAGCACUGUGAAGAGGAGGGGUCUAGUGGGGACCUGGUGCAAGGUGUCUUGCUCGGCCUGAUCCAAGAUAACCGCUUGGAGAUCACAAAUUGCUUUCCUUUCCCAUCCAACAAGGCAGGGGACGAUGAGGAUGAUGAUGAUGUUAAUUACCAGAUGGAAGUGAUGCGCAGACUGAGGGCUGUCAACAUUGACCACCUUCACGUGGGAUGGUACCAGUCUACCUACUUGGGCUCAUACAUUAACAGGACGCUGCUGGACUCCCAGUACAGCUAUCAGAAGUCCAUCGAAGAGUCAGUUGUGCUCAUAUACGAUCCUCUACGUACAUCUCAAGGCAUGCUCACCCUCAAAGCUUUUAGGCUCUCUGAUGAGAUGAUGAAAUUAUAUAAAGAUGGUGAAUUUAGCGCUGAUAAGCUGUCUAAAGCAGGCAUAAGCUUCCAUUCGAUGUUCCAAGAGAUCCCUCUGGUCAUCAAGAACUCCAGCCUGAUGAACGUGCUCCUGUGUGAACUUGAUGAAAACACACCCACCCCCUCAGCAGACCAGUUCCUUACACUCUCAACUGGGUCGUACCUUGAGAAGAAUGUGCGGGUAUUGAUGGAGUCAGUGGACGAGUUAUGCCAAGACUCCAAUAAAUACCAUAAUUACCAGCGCAGUGUGAUACGACAGCAACAACAGAAAGAAAACUACUUACAGAGACGGCAACAAGAGAACCAAAGCCGUAUACAGCGGGGAGAAGAUCCUUUACCGGACGAGGACUUGAGCAAGAUGUUCAAGCCGCUACCAGUCCCCUCGCGGCUGGAUAAUCUGCUGCUCUCUGAACAAGUCAACACGUACUGCCAGCACGUUCAUCAAUUCUCGACACAGAGCUUUGGCAAGUUCUUCCUCGCGCAGGCUCUACAAGACAAAAAAGAAUAAAAUAUCUACUUCCGUCAA